AUGGAGGAGGUGGCAGUGGUGGUAAAUGAAGAAGUGGUGGUGGCGGAGGCAGUGGUGAAUGAAGAAGAAUUAGGAAAAAGCACUUUGACCUUAGAGACUCCUGAGGUGACUGCCAACGAAGAAACCUAUGACGAACCCUCUAGAAUUGCGGUGGAGGAGAUUGCAGUGGAGACACAACAAGAAGUAGCUGAAGAGAAAAAGAAAAAGAAGAAAAGCAAAGGGAGGAAGGUUGGAGAGGCUGAAUCUUCUCAUCAUCGCAAGGAAAAGAAUAACAAAGAAAAGAAGGAUGAUGACGAAGAUGUGGAAGCCAAGAAGGAAAGGAAGAAGAAGGAGAAGGAAGAAAGAAGAAUGCGUCGACAUGAAGAAAGGCGCCUAAGAAAAGAAGAAGAAAAGAAGCAGAGGGCUGCAAGCUCGGAAAAGGAUGGAGAAUCAACCUCCGUGAGGGAGGAUAAGGGGGAAACAGCACAA